AGCCCGCGCCCCGCCCAGUGCCACCCGCAUGGCCGCUGCCUCCGUCCCCGCGUCCCUGCCCUGUGCUGCCCGCCGCCCCUGAGAUGUCGGCAUCCGCUAAGCCCGCGGCCCUGGCAGAGCUGGCUCCGGGCCCCGGUGAGAAGCCAGGGGGACAGCCGCUCCUGGCCUGGGGCCCCGUGUUUGGCCACCGGAGUGAGAAGAUCGCAUUUGGCCAGAGCGAAGGGGGCCCCGACGAGCAGGUGCUCGCGGUCACCGUCACCGAGACGACCGUCAUCGCGGCGGACCUGGGCGUGUGGGGUGCCCGCGCCCUCAUCUGCCUCACGCUCUGGUUCUUCUUCAGCUUCUGCACCCUGUGUCUCAACAAGUACAUCCUGUCCCUGCUGGAAGGGGAGCCCAGCAUGCUAGGGGCCGUGCAGAUGCUGUCAACCACGCUCAUCGGCUGUGUUAAAAUAUUUGUUCCCUGCUGUUUGUAUCAGCACAAAACCCGGCUUUCUUACCCUCCCAACUUCAUCAUGACCAUGUUGUUCGUGGGUCUCAUGAGGUUUGCAACAGUGGUUUUGGGUCUGGUCAGCCUGAAAAAUGUGGCGGUGUCCUUCGCUGAGACGGUGAAGAGCUCGGCCCCCAUCUUCACUGUGAUCCUGUCCCGGACCGUCCUGGGGGAGCACACCGGGCUGCUGGUCAACCUCUCGCUCAUCCCUGUCAUGGGCGGCCUGGCGCUGUGCACGGCCACGGAGAUGAGCUUCAACCUCCUGGGGUUUUCGGCCGCCUUGUCCACCAACAUCAUGGACUGUUUGCAGAACGUUUUCUCCAAAAAGCUCCUCAGCGGGGACAAAUAUAGGUUCUCGGCCGCGGAGCUGCAGUUCUACACCAGCGCGGCGGCCGUGGCCAUGCUCGUCCCGGCCUGGAUCUUCUUCAUGGACUUGCCGGUGAUCGGAUGGAACGCGAGGAGCUUCCGCUACAGCCAGGACGUGCUGCUUCUGCUGCUGGCGGACGGCGUCCUCUUCCACCUGCAGAGCGUCACAGCCUAUGCCCUCAUGGGGAGGAUCUCCCCCGUGACCUUCAGUGUCGCCAGCACCGUCAAGCACGCCCUGUCCAUCUGGCUCAGCGUCAUCGUUUUCGGCAACAGGGUCACCAGCCUGUCAGCCGUGGGCACCGUGCUGGUGACAGCCGGAGUCCUGCUCUACAACAAGGCCAAGCAGCAGCAGCGGGAGGCCAUGCAGAGCCUGGCUGCGGCCACCAGCCAGUCCCCAGACAGCAGCCCUGAGCCGCUGCUCCCCCCGGACCCCCGGCCACACCACUGA